GCGGAGGAAACACUGCGCCGGUGAUCGCGCGGAGGGACCUCGUCGUGCCCUCGUCCCCGCCGCCCCCAAGGGACGCCGCAUGCACUGGCCGCGCGGCGGGGACGCCAGGGCGCCCCGAGGCCAGUUUUUGAGACUGCUGCUGCGGGCGUCGCGGCCGCGAUGAGGCGUGCGACGGCGAGCGCGCUGCGCCUCGGGGCGCUGCUCGCCCUGCUAGCCGGCGGCGGCUUACGCGUGCCCUGCAGUCCGUGCGUCCUGCCGGAGGUCGGACUGUCAGUCCACCUGCACGUCCGCCAACGGGGCGUCGUCGGGGACCUGCCAGCUGGGCCGCUGCCUCUGCCACGCGGGGGACUCGGCGCUCGUCCUGCCCCCGGCUACCCAGGUACCCGACGACGGAGGCGCAAGGGGCACACCGGGCGCAGCCUCCACGCCUGCCACGAGCGACGCGUUUGGCGGCGUGGGCUGGACGUCGCAGGCGGAUACGGCAACGGCCUACAACGGCGCUCCUCGUCAUCGUCACGAACAGCAUGAGCAUGAGAGGCAUCGGAGGCGGACCAAAACCCACUACCACAUGGGUCCGGCAGGGCCAGCCACCGAGCCUUAUUCUGUCGACGGGCGGAGGAGGUUCGAAGGGGCGUGGGGCAGCAGGAGUGACAUCGCGGAGGCCUCCGGCGCGGGGCAGAGGGCGGAGGGUUCGCAGGCCGACACCAGGGCCGAGAGACGGGCCGACGACGGCGACAGGGUGCACGGCGUGCCGAAGGCAAAGCGGAGGGUGAAGAAGAGGAGGCCAAAGAAGGACGGCAAGGGGGCAGAGAGCGGCGAGAAGGACAAGAGCGACGAGGAGGGCGUGAAGGGGAGGGGCAAGCAUAGCAAAGAGUCAGGGGGAGGAAAAUCGGAGGAGGAAGAGAACGGAGGUGAGGGGGGUGCAGGAGACAACGGGGCCGAAUAUGUGGGACACGUAGAACACUUUGAACACGUUGAACACACGGAGCACAGGGAGCACAGCACAGAGGUCAAAAGGGAGAAGGAGGAGGGAGAAGCAGCAGGCGAAGAGGAUGGUCACGGUCACCGUGACGAGGAAGUGAUAGAGAGGAAAGGGGCUGAUGAGGACAAAAUCUCCGACGACAACCCGGUGGCGAGCGCGGGGGAUAAACAAGAAAGGGACGGGAAACUGGAUAAGCAGGAUGAGAAGGAUGACCAGACGGAAGGGGUGGUCAAAAUAGAUAAGGAAGAGGAUGGCAAGGACGAGGUCGACUGCGGCGAAAAAGAGGACAAUGAUCGGGAAAAGGAAUGCAAUGAUGGUGCUGAUGAUGCGGAUCAGGGUGAUGGAUUAGCAAGGAAUGGAGGCGUAAAUAAGAAUGGAGAUGAAGAGGACGACGACGAGGAAUCGGACGAGUCUGAGUGCGAGGAUGAAAGUGACGAAGGAAGUGCAAAGGAAGACGAAAUCGGCAGCACAACUGCCACACCAGCGGCAGAGUAGAUGAGGAAAUUUGAGUGUUCUUAGGGACUAUUGCGAAAGAAAACGAUUUGAUGUAAAUACUAUAUUUAUCAUAUGAUUACGAUAUUAUUUCUCUUUAUCAAAAAUGAACAUAAAAAUAUGUAGACUUAAGUUAUAGGUUAUCAAAUAUACUGCCCCGAUUAUA